GGCACAGCUGAUGCUGAGAGAGCCUUGGCGGUAGCCAAACUUGUAGAGGAUGAUGUUGCUGGCAUCGAUGUCAACAUGGGAUGCCCCAAAGAGUAUUCCACAAAG